AUGAAAAUUUUUCGAAUAUUACCAAUCGUAUGUGGGCAAGAUGAUUUUAAUAAAACUGAAAUUGUUCGCGAUGUUGAUUGCAAAUUGACUGGACUGAACUGUGGUCCCAAUAUGCAGUUCAUUACUGUUAAGCAAUUUUCGCCAAGCUUCUCGCCUAUCAAACCAAACGACAAAAUUUGCAUGCAGCAAUGCACAUAUGUUAUUCCUCAAGCGAUGAAAAUUGUUGAAACACGUGCUACAAAAUUAGCAAUAAUUUCAUUGGCAAAACCUGCAAAAUUCUCACAAUGUGCGAAAAUGGGUCUCUGUGCAUUGAAUGAAAAAAUUGAAGAUCCCAGAUGCAAAUUAACUGAUAAAAAUUGUGGUGAAAACAUGAAAUUUAUCACCAUUAACCGCAGUAAUCGUAUACUAACACCUUUCGUUUAUUACUUUAGAUUUUGCAUUCAACAAUGCAAAUGUGCACCAAACGAAUACAUUGAAAAGGAUGGCAAAUGUUUUAAGAAUUCAAAUUUGAUUAACCAUGUGACCUAUUCAUAUGGUGAAGAAGUAUUUGAUUUUUCUUGCCAGUUGGCAGGCAGCAAAUGUGGACUGAACAUGAUGUUUGUGAACAUCGAUCCAUAUAAAUCACGUUUCGCCUAUCCUCAAUUCUCUUCUUCCAUUUUUUGUAUCGUACGAUGCGAAUGUAUUAAACCGUAUGAGGGAAAAGAUGGGCGAUGCACAUAA